AAGCUAGCCCUGCAGCGGGUGCCUUCUGCCCCCUCGGGACUUGCAAACUCGGCAAACUUACUGAUUUUUCCUUUGGUUUGUCCGCGUCGCCGUCCGGCUUUGUGUAACUUUGUUUCAUAAGGGGGAUUAAAAGAGAUUCCCUCCCUUCCAAGGUUCUCUCUAUCUUGUAUGAUAAGCAAAAAUGUCAGAGGAUAUAAAGAAAAGGUUUGAGUUUCCUAAUUCUCUUAUCCAGUCACAGGCUGUAGGUCACCUUAUUGCUGCAGUACUGAAGGAAAAUACUUCGUCUGAAAAGAUCAGCCAAUCUACAAAUCAGACUCCUGCUUUGAAUCUCUUGUGGGAGAAGUGUUGCAGUGACAAUGUUGUGGUCCGAACUGCCUGCUGUGAGGGUCUGGUGGCACUUGUUGUACAGAAUCAUGCUGAGUUCACUUAUGUUCUUAAUGGGAUACUCAACCUUAUUCCUUCAACCAGAAAUACACAUGGUUUGAUAAAAGCUGUUGUGAAGUUAAUACAAAUGCAGGCAGUUAAAGAAGGAAAAGAUGAAGAGAAUUCUGUUAAAGACUUGUAUGGUAUCAGAAAUCAUCAUCAUCCUCUCAUCACUGUGCUUGAAAAUAGGUCAGAUUGUUGGCCAGUUCUUCUACAACAACUUACAGCUUUUUUUCAGCAGUGCCCAGAAAGGUCAGAGAUUUCCUGCGUCUCUGUAAUGGCCCCUUUUCUUCGUUAUUUAUAUUGUGAGCCAUCCCAGUUGGAGGAGUAUUCAAAAUUGAGAAUGGGCUUGCUUAAAGUGUUGCUCCAACCUCUGGAUUCUUGUGAAAAGGACAAACCUUCAUUAUUGGAAAAACAUAUCCUUCAGAUGUUUUGUGACUUGGUUCCAUAUUUACAGGUAAAGGAUUUGGUACAGACAACAGAAGUGACACUAUUUCUUCAAGAAUUAUUUUUCAGUCUUUUGCGUUACCCUGUUUUUUGGGAAGAAGAGCUUGUCACGCUAAGCUUGCAAAUUCUGUGUGUUUGCGAAGUUUGCCUAAAGAUAACUGGAGAAUGUUCAUCUUUAAUUCACCUUUUAGAACAAAAUUUUGAAUUUCUGAAACAGGGAUUUCCUGUUGAACAAGGCGUAAUUGCCAUAAGUUUACUUAUCCUACAGACACCAACAAGUGAGCAGAAGCCCAUCUUAAAUCUAGCUGUGAAACUCCUCUCCUCUUCCAAGCCCAGGGGCGUGCCAUCUUCGUCCCUGCUGCUGGUGAUGCCCCUGCUGCAGAUCCUGUCAUCCACAGCCGUGGAGGACUGCAUAUUGGCCGAAGACAUCAGCCCUUCCAGGCAGGAGCUGGCUCUGAUUCUCUUGGAGAUGGUGCAACAGGAGGGCUCCGCGGAGAAAGACCAGGUGAAGAUGCCCUUCAAGCUUGCUUUCCCUAUAGCCAGCAUGUAUUAUCCAAUGUUUACAACCUGGAGAAUCCUUGAACAAAUGAAAGAAGGGUCUGCAGUAUGUGAUUGGCUGUGUUCUGUGAAAUCAUUGCUACCUAUCACUUCCCACGUUCCUGUACAUGUUUUCCUUCUGUUGGCUCAAUUGCUUGUCCAAGAAAAAGGAGGGAAUCUUCGCAAAAUACUGAGGGCUACCACAGAAAUAGCGAAAGCUGACUCCUGUCAGGUACCAAAUCUAGUCCCUGUCUUGAUGUUCAAGCUUGGAAGACCACUGGAACCUCUUUCAUAUAUUGAUAUUUUAUAUACUCUACCUACUUUGGGUGUACAUAAGGUUUGUGUUGCUCAAAUUCUACGAGUAAUCCAGGUUCUGGGAAAUACCCCCCAACUCAGAGCUGUCACUUUACGCUUAAUGACGUCUUUGUGGGAGAAACAGGAUCGUGUUUACCCUGAAUUGCAGAGAUUCAUGGCAUUGUCGGAUGUGCCAUCUUUGUCUGUGGGCAAAGAAAUCCAGUGGGAAAAACUGAUUGCUAAAGCAGCCUGUAUCAGGGAUAUAUGUAAACAAAGACCAUAUCAGCAUGGGGCAGAUAUGUUGGCAGCUAUUUCCCAGGUGUUGAAUGAAUGCACAAAGCCUGACCAAGCAACUCCAGCAGCUUUGGUAUUACAAGGUCUUCAUGCACUCUGCCAAGCUGAGGUUGUUUGCAUACGUUCCACAUGGAGUGCCCUCUCACCAAAGCUGAGUUGUGACACGCGACCUCUUAUAUUAAAGACACUAAGUGAGCUCUUUGCUUUAGUUCCAUCACUAACUGUGAAUACAGCAGAAUAUGAGAAUUUUAAAGUUCAAGUUCUCAGCUUCCUGUGGAAUCAUUGUCAAAGCAAGGACCCUAUUGUGGCGACUGCUGCAUACAAAUCCUUGUCAGCAUUUGGUUCAGAAGAACACACCAUUCUUCAUCUUCCUGAAGAGAUAAGACCAGAGAUUGAUCUCCCUGAAGAAAUGGAUGAAAAUGAAGAAGAAGAGAAGGAGGUAGACCUUUCUGUCCCUGGUUCUUCUUAUAUCAAACUACUUUCACUUACUACUCCUUCAGUUUUUCCAGCACUUGAAGAGUUUUUUAUAUCACUUGUGAAACAGGAGAUGGUGAACAUGCCCCGUGGUGUCUACUAUUCUGCAUUAAGAGGAGGUACUUCUCGUUCUGACCAAGGAAAAACGAUAGCAGGAAUUCCCAAUUUUAUGUUGAAAAUGUAUGAGAAAAACAAGCAACCAGGCCUUAAACCUGGUCUUGCAGCUGGUAUGCUGCUUUGCUAUGAUCUUCCAAUCCAUAUGGGGAAAGAUGGCAAACCCAUCAAUCGUUUUUUGGCCAGUAGAGGGCGGAGUUUCCAGCAAAUAUUAGUGGCUCUUAUACAUGAGGUUAACAUCCAACCUUCAGAAUGGCAUCGCUCAAUCCUUCUUCCACAAUCCUGGCUUGGAUUUAUGAAUAGAACAUACCAUGCAGUCUUUCAGGGAAGACAGGCAGAGCUGGACAUGCAAUUAAAGCACGGAAAAGAUGCUCCUGAGGAGAUACAGUACAAGAAAUUUACAGCUUGGCUCUGGGUGAGAGACAUGCUGACUGACCAGAUCAUCAAGUCAGCUUCAAAGGAAAGCCCAGUGGUUAAAGGGAAUGCACUCCUGGCAUUAACCAGUCUUGCUGCUGUUGUAUCUAAACAUGAAAACAGUCUAUCCUCAGAAACUGAUGGGGCACCAGAGAUAGAACCUGACUUUCUUCCCAUGAAGCAGUGGAUUUCUAUGGUGCUCAAUACCCUCCUGGUAAUUGUGGAUAGCCAUUACCAACCCAAGGGACAAGUCUUUUCCUGGUUCUAUCAUAAAUCCUACUCUGGUGAAAACACAGCAAGUGCCAUUGCUCGUUCCUGUGCUGCUAUGGCCUUGUCCCUCCUCGUGCCAGUUUUUAUUCUGUCUUGUAAAGAGAAGGUGGAAGAAGUCUUGAGCAUACUGACUGCUAGGUUACCUGGGAAACCAAGUGCAGAUGAAUCUCAAGCUGUUCAAAUCCACAUGGGCCUUGCUUUGGGAAUGUUUAUCUCCCGUUUGUGUGAGGAGAAAGUCAGUGAUGUGUCGGGCCAACAGUUGAACCUUCUUCUGAUGACAUCAUUGGAUGCUCUGGAAAAUUGCUGCUUUGAUACCCGUCUUGAAUACAACACUGGUUGCAUCCUGGGAGUAGGACUUGUCCUUUCCCUCAUGAGCCACAACAGUCAGACUGAGUCUCGAGUUCACAUUGCUACAGCUCUUCGAAAACUCUCUGCUUACCUGGAUGACAGUGCGGACCAGAGCAGAACAUUUCAAGAGGUCCUUGCCUAUUCUCUCAGUUGUGUGUGUACUUCAGCUUUCAGCGCUGGAAUCAUUGAUGCAGUGGAGGCUGAAGAUAUUAUGAAUAAACUUCGGACAUUAGUUGAAAAUAACCAGCAGAAUUCAGGUUUUUCCUUGGCAUUAGGGAAUAUUGUUCAUGGUUUGUCAGUGUGCGGACAUGGAAAAGCAGAAGACUUAAGCAACAAACUACUUCCUGCAUGGAUAAAAAUUGUUCUUACAGAGGGUUCUCCUACAAUGCAGUGUCUAGCAGCUGUUAAUGGUCUUGUUGCUUUGGUUGGUUCUGAAGGUGCAAUCAUGCAGCUGAAAUCAGAAACAAUUCAGACUUCUCACAUUCAAAGUCAACUUAAUGAAGUAAUCAGAACCAUAACUCAGGUCAUCAGUUUCUCUGGAGUGAUUGGACUUCAGACAAAUGCAGCUUGGCUUCUUGGACAUCUCCAUCUGUCUAGCUUGUCCUCAAGUCAGAGUAGAACAUCUGUUCCUGCUGACUUUAGCUAUUUGCCUGAGAACAGCUUUAUUAGGGCAGCUGUUGACUUUAUCAUUGAAGGAGGGAAGAAAGGGCCUGAAUCUGUUCCUCCUUCUUAUGUGAAAGUAGCUAUGAAACCCAUAGCAAGUGUUGGAGAAAGUCACCAGUACCCUCCUGUGAAUUGGGCUUCCCUCCUUUCCCCUCUGAUGAGACUGAAUUUUGGUGAAGAAGUUAAGCAGUUAUCCAUUGAAAUUAUAGUGACUCAAGCACAAUCAUCUCAAAAUGCAGCUAUGCUAUUGGGGAUGUGGGUAGUACCACCACUAAUCUACAGUCUAAGUCUGAAAACCAAGAAGUACCUUUUGGUGUCUCUGCCACUGUGGAUGAAACAUGUUUCUGAGGACCAGCUUCAGGUUUUCACUGAAGUGUUUAUGGUGCAGCUUUUUAAAGCUGCUCUCCCUCUCCAGAGUCUUGAGUUAUGUCAGAGUGCCUUACAGGGACUUAGCCAGGCUAUGAAGCUGCCCAGUCCAGCUCAAUACCUCUGGAGUCUCCUCUGCUGGGCUACUGAGAAAAUCUUUGAUCUUUUGCCAAACAAGAUUCGGAGAAAUGAAGUUGACCUGUAUCUCAACGCAGCAAAAUGCCUUUCGGAAAUGACAGAUGCUGAGAUAGAUCGCAUUGUUCAUAUUACUAAGAACAACAUAAAGAAGGCUGCUUUUGUCAAAGUAUAUUUAGUCUCUCAAGGUCGAUUCCCCCUGAUGCACUGGAAUGAUGUGAUUGAGGCCGCAGUACGAUGUCAAGAAAAAGAAACAGUUGCAUGGAUGAUGUUACAUGGUUUAUAUCAUGCACGGAUUAUAAGCCAUGCAAACACAGGAGUACUGAAGAGAAUGGAGUGGCUGUUGGAACUGAUGGGUUACAUUAGAAAUGUUGCUUACAAGUCAACAUCUGUUGAGAAUGUGGCUCUUGAAGAGGCUAUCAACUUCCUGUUGCUGCUUUUUGCAGCUUCUGUGGUUACAUGGGGUGACCACGAUGCCCCUCUCCUGCUUGGACUCAGUGCCAGCUGGUUGUCAUGGCACCAGGAAAGAAGCGUGGCCGGGUUCUCGACUGGUUAUCUUGGCCAGAGUCCAAUGAACAGGGUCACCUUGCAGGAGACUCUCACCCUCCUUCCCAGCAGCAUGCCGCUUCUGCUAAGCAAAGAACCGUGGAAGGAGCAAACACAAAAGUUCAUUGAUUGGCUGUUCAGUAUUAUGGAAAGUCCUCAAGAAGCACUUUCAGCGAGUUCCAGAGAUCUUUUGAAAGCUACAAUUCUGGCCUUGAGGUCUUUUCCUGAAUUUAAGAAGAAAGUAGUAUGGUCCAGGGCAUAUGGUUGGUAACUAUUCUGCCAGAAGUCUCAGCUGGAAAAAGAAGGAAUUUUAAGCUUACUGUUUGUCCAUUCCAGACGUGCUGCAGAGAGCAGAAUGAUAUAUUACUGCCUGGAUAUUUGGAAGACAUAUGAAGAAUCACCAUGAACUGGUUUGAUUAACAGACCAAAUUUGGACUGGAACCUUAGAUUAUAUUUUCCUUAACUUCUAUGGAUUUCAAUCUGUAGAGUCUUUGUUUUACAGAGUCUUAAAAUAUAAUACUCAUGAUCCAAGUAAAAAUAAUCUUGUGGAUUUAUUGUAUGUAAUCAUAUUUAUUUUGAAAAUAUGAAGAAUUGAACACUGAAUAGCAAAAACUCAGGUUACAAGGUGGAUGCCAAUGUCAUCCCUUACCCACAUUUCCUAUAUGCUUUAUAAAUGGUUUUGAUGAACUUAGAAUGCCUUUUUCUUAUUGAUUUAAAUAUUCUUUUAUCUGAAUUAGUAUACAAGUAAAAAUGUUAAGUAAUACACAUUGAACUUAAGUGAGGAAGGACAUUUGAUAAAUCAUUAAGAGUGACUCGAUUUACACUUCUGUUUCAAGGCUAAUCAUUUAAGUAAGAAGUUACACCUUGAGUGGUUUUAGUCAUUGAGAAAUAUAUUUUUAAUUUCCACAGUUUCAUAAUAGAGACCUGGGUGACUCAGCAUAGUAUCAUAGAAGGAGCACUGGAUUAGGAAUGGGAAAGCUUAAAUCCUAAUUCCUACUGCUAUUUUGGUAAUAAAUUUUGCUAUUAGUUGUGUGACCUGGGCAACCCAUUUCAGCUAUUCAGUUGGUCUUCAGUUCAUCAUCUAUUAAAAAAGGAAAUUUGAACUGUCUAAUAUCAAAGGUGCCUUCCUAAUUAAACAUUUUGUGUUCAUCUUAUAUAGAGAAUCAGUUUACUACUUAUCCUAUAUAAAUAGAUAUAGAUAUAAAAGUCAGAGUUCUGUUUUUAGGUGAAAAUAUAUGCCUGUGUCUAUGUACAUACAUACAUACAUAUAUUUUAUAUAUAUAUAUAUAUAUAUGCAAAUAUGUUUAUAUAUAAGUGGAAGAGGUAAGAACAAUUACAUGCUUGAGAUGUGGAAUAGCUUGAAAAAUGCCUAUUUUUAUUGGUGAUAACAGCAACAGACAUUGAUCUACAUAACAUUUUAAAAUUUAUAAAGCAUUUUACUCAUAAUUUGUUAAGAUAGAUGUGGCAGAUUAUUAUUAUUCCCAUUUUAUAGCUGAUGCAGUUAAGACUAGAGAGGUCCAAAUGAAUUGUUCAUGUCCAAAUAACUAGGAAAUGUUGGGUCCAGGACAUGAACCUAUAGCUUCUGACUCACAGCCCAAUCCUGUUUAUCCUAGAUCAGAUGGUGCUGCUUAAUAUUAUCAUUCUGACUUUGAGGUAUUCAUAUAAGUUUAACCAAUAUGGUCAACACUCAGCCUGGUCAUUUGUCCUGUGUGUCCCUUGGAAUGACAGACCCUGUCACUGUGUAAAACUUGAUUCUCUUUUAUACAGUACACACAAUAAUGCUGUACAAGAAAAUCCAUCAUGGAGUUCAUACACUUCUACUCAACCACCACCAAUUAACCUGUCUUGCUUUAUGAUGCAUUUCAGUGCAUCUUUAUAAUUUUCCUAUUGUCCUCCUUACCUUCUCUGGUCUCAAAUCUGAAGUAACUACAAGGUCUUAAUUCUUUCCAACUUUUAAGUAUAUUUUGUUGUACUGAGUUCUUCUAUUCUGUAUUGGUAUUGGGGAUAGUGGUGGUGGAUAUUGUCCAGCCUUGAUUCUAGAGGACAAAACAUUGAAGGAAAAGUGGUAAAGAUGAAAGGGGCUAAACUUAUAUAUCCCUUGAAUUACACAUUAACAUGAGCUAACUAACUGUAACCUUUUAAAAUUAAUUAAACAUCCUUUAUAUCUUAGUAUUAGUUCAAAUGGAUCAAAAUCAGCCUGGAAAUCUGAACAAGACAUUUUUAAAAAUUACAAUAGGGAAGAAUAAUGAGCAGUUGUGUAAUAAAAGGGCAGUGAACAUUUUGGUGUUUUAAUUGUAGUUGUGGUGACUUUGGACAACCAGAAAUCUCAAACACUAAUUCCCAAGGGAUGGGAAAUGCAGAAAAUGAGAGAACAAUUAAGACUGAAGUCAUCUACUUGUUAAAUUUUACCUAGACCCCAGCAAGAGCCAAUGAGUCAAUAAAAUCAAAGCUAUGUUUUGCUAUAUCUGUGUUACAAUAUCAGCGUUAGUUGGGAGAGCUACAUUUUCAUUUUUCCCAGAUUCAAGCCAGAUAUCCGAUAGACUAGCCUGGGCCAACCUCUCCAGUAUUCUCAAUGUUUUCCCAUAUAAUCUGUCCCACUUCCUCAGAGAAGAAAUAUUGAAGAAGAGACUGAGAUGAAAAGAAAAUGAAAAUGAAUAUGUAUUUCCUAACUCUACUCUCCACAUCCCCCCAAAAUAAACACCAACCCCUCUCCCCAAACCCAGUUCUUCAGUCAGCAGCUCAGUAGAGUACUGAAGGUUUAGGGUUCCCCUAUUUAUGAAGACCUUUAGAAUAUAUCCUUAAGCACAUCAAACACCAUGACAGGCCAGUCUAUGUACUAUAUGUACUAUAGAGCAUAUUUAUGAAUACAAAGAAGGGAAUUCUUUUAGGGCAAUCCAAUUUGUUCCAAAUAGUUUUCAAAUCAGAGUUCUUAAAAUUUAUAAGGAAAGGGACUGGGCUUGUGAGUUAUAGGGACAUUUCAGAUAACAAAAUUUUCUCAAUUAAUCCAGAUUGUCACUUAAAGAUUUUUAGAGUUGCCUAUUUCUCUGACUAAAUCAGUUAAAUGAUUUUAAGACUCACAUUGCCAAUAUAUAUCAAAGGGCAAAUGAAGUUCAAGUCUGGUUCUGAGUGAGCACAGCUUACUUUUUAUGGCAUAAAAUGCUUGCUAUCCACCACAUUAACAAAAGGAAAGUCUCCAAUAUGUGAGGUCUUAAUUCUUUUGAAAGUGGAAAAGCUGCCCAAGAUGUUGUUAACAAAUUAAUGACAAUGAAAUUAAUGUCAAGGCAUAUUCCUUAGAAAUACAAAUUUUGCCUGAAGCAAUUUGAAAACUGCUUUUCUAUGAAGCUUAUUAUAUGAAUCUUUUGGCACUUAAAAUAUAAAUCUUUAGUAGCCACCUCUUGACAUAAAAUCAAAACAAAAAACUAAGAAACUUAUUCAGCUUAUUUAGAGCAAUUAUAUAACAAAACAAAUUAUUACUGCAGUAACUGUUUACCCUCCCCCAACAGAGAACUGUAUUUACUGGUGUCUAUAAAACAUAAUUUUCUUGGCAAUCUCUUAUAUGUGUCUGUGGUAUUCAGUUGUGCGUCUAACUAUUA